UUCUGAGAGAAAGCAGUACGACAACCAAAUUGAGAGUAGUUUUUAACGCUAGCAGUCCAUCUACCUCAGGCUUUUCUCUCAAUGAUCUUCAGAUGGUCGGCCCUACCGUUCAAGAUGACCUCUUAUCGAUUCUUCUACGUUUCAGGCAACAUAGGUACGUAUUGUCUGCCGACGUAGAAAAAAUGUAUAGGCAGGUGGCGGUACAUGUUCAUGACAGACAUUUACAGCGAAUCGUGUGGCGUGACGAUCCUUCUCAGCCUCUCGAUGUUUAUCAGCUGAACACGGUCACCUAUGGUACGGCUAGUGCUCCAUAUCUCGCCACGAGAUGCCUCAAACAGAUAGGGUUAGAGUGUAAAGACAAGCGGAUUGCAAAUAUUAUCAUUCAUGACUUCUACGUUGAUGAUUUGCUCACAGGGGGCGCCACAGUCGAUGAACUCAAAUUUAUACAGCAGGUCAUCACCACGGAACUUGCAUCCGCCUGUUUGCCUUUACGGAAAUGGAGGUCGAAUGAGUUAUCAUUAGUUGGUGAAGGAAAUCAAUCUUCCGUAAAUUUAAAUAUCGGCUCUCCCGAGCCAAGUAAAACUUUAGGCCUUGGAUGGUUGACAGACACUGACAAACUGUGCUUUUAUAGUCCUAAAAAUAUUUCUAACGAAAAUACGAAACGCAACUUAUUAUCAGUUAUUGCUCAGAUUUUUGAUCCGUUAGGACUCCUAGCACCGUUUGUGAUAACCUUAAAAAUGGUUUUACAAAAACUCUGGCUAUUAAAGAUAGAGUGGGAUGAACCACUACCACCAGAAUUCUCAGAUCUAUGGUCUAAGAUAAUUGUAACAUUACCUACUCUGAAUAACAUUCGCAUUCCACGUUGUGUUAUAUGUAAUUCACAUCAAUCUGUAGAACUUCACAUAUUUACCGACGCUUCGGAGCGUGCUUAUGGUUCCUGUGUGUAUGUUCGUAGUGUAAAUAGUGUAGGUGACGUCUUAGUACGACUAUUGUUCUCAAAGGGUCGAGUGGCGCCAAUUAAAACAUUGACAAUUCCGAGACUUGAAUUGUGCGGUGCUGUGAUGGGAGCUCGUCUUUAUGAAAAGGCUAUUGGUUCGUUAAGACUUCAAAUUAGGCAAGUGACAUUUUGGACGGAUUCAACAAUUGUUCUUGGAUGGCUCAAUAUGUUACCAAGCAAACUAAAUACAUUUGUUCGUAAUCGCGUCGCCGAAAUAGUAGAAAAAACCAAUCCAUUUCCAUGGAGACACGUUCCAACCGGCCAGAAUCCCGCAGAUUUCAUAACUCGUGGAGUUGGUGCUAAUUUGAUCAAGUCUUUAGACCCUUGGUGGUGUGGUCCUGAAUUUCUUCAAUUAGAAAAAUCUGGCUGGCCUAACGUUACCGCGGUCGCAAGCGACUUACCAGAGACUCGCCCAGAAAUAACUCUCCAUACAAUGAAAAGCCAGAGCUCUCAAAACUCAAUUAUUGAAUUUCAUCGUUUUUCCAACUUUACUAGAUUACAGCGUUCCGUUGCGUACAUGUUACGUUUCAUCAAUCGUUGCAAAAGGCAAAUCAUGCCAACGUCUUAUUUAGGUGAAGAUGAAUUACGGAAUUCGUUGUAUUUAAUCAUUCAAAUGGUACAGAAAGAGUCCUUUCCUGAAUAUGAGUUACUAUUAAACAAACAGAAACUUCCUCCGAAGAGCUCUUUAAAUAAAUUUAAUAUUUUCUUAGACAAAAACAAUAUAAUUCGCGUUGGAGGUCGCCUUAAUAAUUCACAGUUUUUAUAUGAUAAAAAAUAUCCUAUUUUAAUACAGUCCACACAUCGUUUUACUAAAUUAUUAUUUCAACAUGAACAUAAACGUCUUAUGCAUGCAGGCCCCCAGCUUCUUUUGGCCACAAUUAGAGAAAUGUAUUGGCCCAUAGGUGGUCGCAACCUAGCAAGGAUAUGCUACCAUCAAUGCGUGCUAUGUCGCCGCAUGAAGGGUCAAACCGUCAACCCUAUAAUGGGGAACUAUCCACAGCAGCGUCUCGCUGUAGGAGAACACCCAUUCACUAGCGUAGGGGUGGAUUAUGCUGGUCCUAUCACCGCAGCAAGUCGUCAAGGUCGUGGUUGCAGAUUUGUAAAGGUUUACAUUGCCAUUUUCAUUUGCUUUACGACUAAGGCCAUUCAUUUGGAGUUAGUAGGUGAUUUAACGAGCAAUAACUACUUGUCGGCAUUGCGUAGAUUUAUAGCGCGAAGAGGAAAACCCUCUAAUAUGUAUUCCGACAAUGGUACCACCUUUGUAGGUGCUUAUAAUGAGCUCUCUAAAUUUCUAAAAAGCAACUGUGAUUCGAUUGCUGAAGGUGCAGUCAAUGAAGGCAUUAAUAUUCAUUAUAUACCGGCGUACAGUCCUCAUUUUGGCGGAUUAUGGGAGGCUGGUGUUAAGUCGACCAAGUAUCACUUAGUGCGCGUGCUGGGAAAUUGUCAUUUAACGUACGAGGAGCUUAACACAACUUUGGUUCAAAUUGAAGCCCUGUUAAAUUCACGGCCUCUGACCCCGCUGUCAUCGGAGCCUGACGACCUGAUGCCACUAACACCAGGACAUUUUCUGAUUGGGAGACCAUUCACAUCGUUACCAACAAGUGACCUCACAGAUCAGUGUACAAGCCACCUAAGUCGUUAUCAACGGAUUGAGCAGUUACGUCAACACUUUUGGAACAGAUGGUCCAAAGAGUAUAUAUCUGAGUUACAGACAAGGUCUAAAUGGCAGUUGGCGAAAAGUGAGGUGACAAUGGGAUCAUUAGUAGUGGUAAAGGAUGAUCAUCUACCACCAUUGAAAUGGCGCUUUGGUCGCGUUGUGGGAGUUCACCCAGGAUCUGAUGGAGUGACAAGGGUCGCAGAUGUUAAAUGUUCCAACGGGAUACUCCGACGUGCUGUCACCAAGAUCUGUCCACUGCCAAUCUGCACUGAGGAUGCUGAAGGUGGUGGGAAAUAGGUUUUCCCACGGGUGGGGAUAUGUCGACGCCUGCAGCUUUAAACCAGCAAAGUUUAUAUUUACAUGUUUAAUGUAUUUUUGUAAGGGUUUACUGUUAUGUCCUUCUUGUUCAAUUACACGUGCGUCAGCAAGCAAUAAA